AUGCUCGAGUGGAGAAUUUCGCAACUCUCACAACAAUCUAAAGGUACUCGGAUUCACACCUUCCACUUCUGCCCCACCCUUCUUCAGUCCCCCCCCCUUCUCCCACCUUCGGGAUGCCACCUAUUUGUCACUGUUUCUGCUCGCGGGGCUCCAUCUUUACACAACCUCACAGUCGUGGACUUUGCGAUACAGCCAGCACAACGUCCCGGCACCAGAUACGACUCCCCACAAUCUCAGCUGAUCCCUCACACACACACACACACACACACACACAACGGCAUGCAUGUACUUGCCCUUCGUCCAAUCAGCAAGGGCCCUGCUUUGCGUUUUGACCCCUUUUCCACUGUCCAUGCGGGUCUGCCGCAUCCCGAGGCUGCAGGAGGCCGUAACAAGUCAGUGGGGGAUCACAACAAAUUGGGCACAUUAAUCUCGGGCAGCAUUGUGAAUAUGGCCACUUGA